AUGCGUGCGGCCGAGGGCACCAAGGCAGUGCGACCAACGAAGGAGAGGCCUGAAGUCCGACUGCGGCGGAGCCUUCUCCGCGGCGCGGCCGAGCGUUCUCCGCAGGUCUGUGCGACCUCCACUCCUGAGGAGGUGGAGAGGUCUCCGCGAGUGGUGCUGACCGCACAGCUGGCCGCGAGGCUUCUGAAGGAGCUCUUGGAGGCCUUUCAACGGAGCGCCUCCGUCGAGGAGGCGAAAGCCAAGGUGGGCACAUCUUGGGGCUUUCACAGCAGUGCCGAGAUGACGCGGUGCAUUGAGGCCAUCAGUGCAUGUGGCCGAGCCAAGCGCUGGCAAAGAGCCUUGGAGCUCUUAAGCGAGGUCUUUGAGAGGCACUUGGAAGGUGAUGCCUUCACCUUGGCCUCAAGCAUCAGUGCUUGUGAACGUGCCAGCGCCUGGCACGCCGCCUGGUACUUGCUCCAACUGUCGUGUCCGCAGUUUUGCAGCGAGGAGCUUUGCUCGCUGGUGGCGCUGAACAGCGCAGCGAGCGCCGCGGCGAAGGGCUCGGAGUGGCAAUUGGCCUUGCAGGUCCUGAGCAAAUUGGAGGACCGUCUCCUGAAACCGGACAUUAUCACCUACAACUCUUUGAUCAAUGCCUGCGCGAAUGGCGCCCAGUGGAUUUGUGCACUUGCAUUGUGGUCGAGUCUCCCGCAGAAGAUCUCCCCUACAAUGAUCACCUGCAGCUCGCUGCUGGACGCCUUCAGGCAAUCAGCCCAGUGGCAGUAUGCCUUGCUGCUGGUGGCCAGUCAUCGUCUGGAUAUGACGAGUUACAGCGUGGCCAUCAGCACCUGUGGCGAAGCAGCUGAGUGGAGACGAGGAUUGCAGCUGCUGCAGGACUUCGAGUCGGUUCAUCGACCGAUGGUGAUCGUGUACAAUGCAGCGAUCAGUGCCUGCGGUGGGGAGUGGCUUCAGGCUCUGGGGGUUUUCAAUGAAUGUCUCAAGAGAUCUUUGCAACCAGACAUCGUCACCUACAAUGCUUUGAUGAACGUGGGUCAAAAGAGUGGAAGGGGCUGGGAAGAUGCCAUCUUCUUGCUCCAGAUGGCUCAAGAUGCAACCCUUCAACCCACACCUAGCACUUACACCUCACUUUUCGGAGCUUGCCGGCAACAUGGCAAGUGGCGACUCUGUGACUCGGUGAAAAACAGAUCCUCCGUGCCUGGGCGUUUUGACCUUCAGUCUCUUGUGGGUUCGCAAGUGGCGCGCUCCGGCACCUGUAUCCGAGGCUUACAGCUUUUGGCCGAAGCUCCUCAGUCACUCAGCACGGCAGCCUACAAUGCAGCAAUGAGUUGCAUGGCCGAGAAUUGGCGCCAUGCGAUUGGCCUCCUGGAGCACUGCCCUUCGCCCGACUUGGUCACCUUCAACGCACUGCUCAGCGCCUUCGAAAAAGCCGCCCAAUGGCCACGAGCCUUGGAACUCCUGACGACUUCCACGCUCCGACGGGUUGCGCUACGUCCGGACGUGAUCUCCUUCAAUGCUGCGAUCAGCGCGUGUGAAAAGGCCGAGGAGUGGCCACAUGCCCUGCAUGUCUUGUCGCUGCUGCGAUCAGCCGCGCUUCAGCCCACCUUGGUUUCCUGCAGCGCUACAGCCAGCGCCUGUGAGAAAGCUGGGAAGUGGCAGCUGGCAGGCCUCCUGCUGACCGAGGUGAAGACGAUGCGCAUGCAGCCUGAUCUGAUCAUUUACAAUGCCGCCAUCACAGCUUGUGAACAGGCUGGCCAGUGGCAAGUGGCUUUUUCCCUCUUGGAACAAGCAGAGAAGAGCGAACUAAAGCCCAACGAGAUCACCUAUCAAGCGGUCAUCGUCUCCAGUGAACGUUUAGCCUGGCCAGCCACGUUGACACUCCUGGGCGCCGCCGCCGCCGCCGACGCUCUGACGCCACUGAGUGUGGCGGCCGCGCUCCGCGCGCUGCGGGAAGGCGCGCGUUUUACGCGCGCCUCGCUGGGGCCCAAGCUGCUGGAACAGCUGCAGGAUCGGGCAGAGGUGAUGUUGAUCGAGACGUGGCCAAGGAGAGACAUCUGCAGCCGACGACUGCUGAGCCAGAGACAUUUGAGCCAGAGAGCAUUUUAA